AUGUCUACCAUGAUGCCCUUCCUUGGCUCCGGCCGCAACGGCUGGAGUCUUCCGCAUUUACAGAUCGCGGCUGCUGCCGUGUUUGUCGUUGCCCUUGUGUCUUCCGUACUGCUAUUUGUUUUGCGCAAGCCGAAGAUGAAACACGAUAGCGCCAUUUACACCUACUUCAAAUUCUUCUACGCCAGUUUUGUGAAGCCCCAUGAGUCCCAUGGCCAAGGCGACCAACAGCGUGCUUUGGAGAGUUUCUACAAAACUCAGGCCGCGGUAUACGAUGCAACCCGAAAACGACUCCUUCGAGGGCGCGAAGAUAUGCUAGGUCUGUUGGCAGCGCAAUUGAAAUGCAAGCAGCAGUCAGGACGGAAGCAAUCGCCAAAGCCAAUAUGGGUUGAUUUAGUCAGAUACAAUAUCGAGGCGAUGGCGGCCUUUCUCCCAGUGGAAUCAUUUUUUGCUCAUGUUUACCUCGUCGACCUCUCUCCCUCACUCUCCGAGAUCGCUCGUCAGAGGUUCAGUCGACUUGGGUGGAAGAAUGUUUCGGUGGUCUGCCAAGAUGCGCGGGAUUUUCGUCUUCCGAGCCGUACAAGUGACGAGCUCGUCAGUUCCGACAACAAGGUCAACAAGUUACGUCCAGCAACUGGCAGGGCGGAUCUAGUCACGAUGAGCUACAGCCUGUCGAUGAUACCUGAUUACUACAGCGUUGUGGACUCUUGUACAUCUUUAUUGGGCCCGUCAGGAACCAUUGGUGUAUGCGACUUUUAUGUUCAGAGCAUCGUCGACUUGGCGUCUCGAAACUAUACCGGCGGAGUGUUCAAUCGACAUGUGAACUGGGUCGGAAGAGCAUUUUGGCGGUCGUGGUUUGACGCUGAUCGUGUUGCACUGGAUGGCGCUCGUCGCGAUUAUCUUGAGUAUCGGUUUGGCACAGUUAUAUCAGCUAGCGCAAGGAACUAUCUUCUCGGUGGUAUUCCUUACUAUAUUUUCAUCGGAUGCCAGAAAGAAAUAUAUGGCAACCAGCCAAACCCCAGCAGCAAAGAAAUAGUCGAGAAACUCGAUGCUGCCUACACAGAAUCCCCGUACCUCGCUCCAGCAAACCACCGCAAAGAUGUAUCAAUGGCAUUAGAAAAGCAAGUUGCUGAAAUCAGAUCCAAAGCCUACGAAUCAGCCGUCAUCAACCUAACCACGAAUUUACCCUUGCCUUCUUCGUUCUAUCAAAAUCACCACUGGAGGAUAUAUUAUAACGAUAUGUUAACAAAACAUACUCAGUUCGGGAAUGAAUACAUCUACGCAUUUACCUGGGAGGACCCCCGUGUGGACAAUCGUUUAUUAAAUAUUGGCAGUGACGAUGUUAUUCUGGCCAUAACAAGUGCGGGUGACAACAUCCUUGACUAUUUACAAUAUAACCCCCGAAGAGUGCACGCUGUCGACCUCAACCCUACCCAAAACCACUUACUAGAGUUGAAGGUAGCGAGUUUUACCGCAUUGGGUUACCGCGACUUCUGGAAGAUAUUUGGAGAGGGUAAACAUCCUAACUUCAGAGAGUUAUUAAUCUCGCAUCUCAGCCCCCACUUGUCUAGCCAUGCCUUCCAAUAUUGGCUAGAUCACUCCAAUUCGAUUAGCGCACGGUCCGGGGUGGGCUUGUAUGAGACGGGAGGUUCUAGAUAUGCGAUAAAGAUGGUCCGCUACCUGUUUACAAUCUUCGGACUUUCCGCAGAAGUGAAAAGGCUCUGCGAAGCACAGACAUUGGACGAACAACGAAAGAUAUGGCCCCGAAUCCGCCGCGUUCUGAUGAGCAGACUAUUGCAUUGGGCUGUGGUUGGCACCGAGUGGUUCGCAUGGAAGGCUGCGGGGGUUCCCGCUGCACAAAGGAACAUGAUAAUCACUGAUUUUCUCAAUAGAAGUGGGCUUGCUGGGGGUGUGAAGAAAGAUACCGAGGUUAGCGGCCAGGCUAUCUGGGAAUAUGUGGUCAAUACCUUGGAUCCUGUUGUUAAGGACACUCUGAUCAGCAACGAUAACUACUUCUAUUACCUUUGCCUCCAAGGUCGAUAUUCGAGAAGAUGUCAUCCAAGCUAUCUAACUCCCAAAGCCCACAUGAAGCUUUCUACGCCACAUGCUUUUGACGGGCUCCGAAUCCAUACCGACGAGAUCAACGAAGUCAUUGCAAGAAUCACACCAGGCACCCUUACGAUCGCGGUCGUGAUGGACUCGAUGGACUGGUUCGAUCCCGCGAAGGAAGAUGCGUCGAAGCAGGCACGGGCGCUGAAUAGCUCCCUUAAAAUGGGCGGCCGCAUCCUUCUUCGAUCAGCCUCAAUUCAGCCUUGGUAUAUAAAGAAUUUCGAGGAAAAUGGCUUCACUGCACAGCGUGUCGGUGCUAGAUUUCCUGGAUCAUGCAUCGAUCGAGUAAAUAUGUACGCUUCAACGUGGAUAUGCAAAAAGACCAAAGACAUCGCUCCUCCCCAUCCUGUCACAUGUGCCACCUCUCCCUUGACGCUGGAGAGGACGAAUUCCGCCUCAAGUAGCAUGGAUGAUCUUGAAAUUUAG